GCAUAGAACUGCAAUAACUAGAAAUCCAGGAUGCGCUUCCCAUUCAAAUUUAUUAAUAUUUCGCCUGCAACUGGGUCACAGUUGUCCCAUUUUUAAUCAUAUUCAGAACUCGAAAUAUAAACAGCUACCAGUCAAUAGUUUGUGUUUUGUGAACGGCUGAACUGUAGCAAGAAGAAAGCCCCGCUCUCUGUGUUCAAUGUGUCCGCUUGCAGCUGCGGAUGCUUGUAUGUGUGUCAGUGUGGGUGCGGUGGCUGCUGGGAAAAAAAGCCAAUUUCGUUUGUGUUCAUCUCGAUCGUCCUGGAAUUUCGGCAUUUUCAGUACCGCUGGAGAAAUGUCCUCCGUCAGUCCUGACCGGGAAACGAGCGGAGGCCAGUGCCGGGGUGGUCUCGAGCCGCAGACCGUUUUUGUUAUUCUGGAUUCUGCUGAAAGUCUUAACGUGCUACAGGUGGAGUCUGGCAUUGUUGCUGACAUCGAAGUGGACACCCUUGUGUCAUCAGACUGUGACACCUUCUACCAGAUCAAGAGUCAACCCAUCCAUAGCAGUGCUUCAGCGAACACUUCCUCAUCCUCAUCCUUGUCGUCCUCCUCAGUGGCAGUCGCUAUGCCCUCCAGGGUCUUAAUGCGUCAGGAUCUGAUGCGACAGCAGGCUCUGGAGGAGGAGCAGAAGGAAGCGCAGCAACUUCUGCGUCUGCCCACUGCCUCGUCGUCGUCCCCUGUCUGUGUCAGCGCGCCCUCCUGCGGACCCCCUGCUCAGGUCCCAGUAGAGGUGUUGAAGGUGCAGACCCACCUGGAAAAUCCAACGAGGUACCACAUCCAACAGGCGCAGAAGCAACAGGUCCGACGGUACCUUUCCACCUCGGUCAGGCCCGCCAGUCAUAAUGCUUCCGGAACGUCGUCGAUCUCCUCCCCCAGUAACCAGCAUGCUCUUAGCAGCCCUAAAUUGGAGAUGGAAGAAACGGUUAUUGAUGACAUCAUCAGCCUAGAGUCCAGCCUGAGUGAUGACUUUUUGACGCUGCUUGACUCGAGGAAUCAGCUCGCCACCACGCUGCCGGUGGCAGCGACGGGAAACAUGGUGGAUGUCUAUGGAGAGAGUGGCGGAAAAACCACGCCGUCUGUCACCAUUAGCAACAGCUGCCCUGCUGAUCUGCUCACAGUCAAACAGGAGCCAAACACAGAAGUUGAUGCCAAAACACUGAUGAAGGAGCGGCAGAAGAAGGACAAUCACAACCUCAUCGAGAGGCGACGACGCUUCAACAUCAAUGACCGCAUCAAAGAACUAGGCGCGCUCGUCCCCAAGACGCCCGACCCGGAUGCCAGGUGGAACAAAGGAAGCAUCCUGAAGGCUUCGGUGGAUUACAUCCGAAGACUUCAGAAGGAACAACAACGAGCUCGUGACAUGGAAGAAAGACACAAGAGAUUGGAGCACACCAACAGAACUCUGAUGCUGCGCAUACAGGAAUUAGAACUACAGGCAAGCCUCCAUGGCGUUCCUUAUUCUUGUAUGGAGAGUGCCACGACCGACUCGCGAGCCUUCCUCUCCACGGCGACCAAGGGCACUGUCACGCCAUCGUCAGAUAUGCUCGGCUUGGCGGAUCUGAAUGAACUUAAUGGUGGCACCGAUGGCUUCUCUUCAGACCUGUUAAACGACACGGGUUUCGCGGCGCUAGAUGACUUUGGAGACAUUCUGAUGGAGGACAGUGGCCUGAUGUCACCCGCGGGUGGCGCAGACCCCAUGUUGUCAUGUGGGGCGUCACGCUGCAGCAGCAGGACGAGUAGCAUGGAUGACGACCUCUGAUCAACCUACGUUUUCUGUAUCACAGUGGUAACUACGCCAUCCCCGCUGUCACUAUGGUAACCUUGUUAUUGCCCCUCCUGUAUAUGUAAUGUACAUUGAACAAUGAAAGUGAUUAUUCAAACCUACGGUGGUCCGAAAAGUAUUCUAAGUGCUUCACUUUUUCCAUUUUUUAUGUGAAGGACUAGUCCCAAAAUAGAAUAAAUUCUUUUUUUUCCUUUAAUUUCUACAUACCUCACUCCAUAAUGUCAAUUAAAAAAAGCUUUUGGGAAAGUUGCGACUCUGAAAUCUUAAGCACUCUGAGGCAGGUUUUCAUCUGUAAUGUCUCCCUGAUUUGUCUCCCAAGUCUUUCAAUGAAAAAGUGAACACUUUACAAAUACACUGUCCACCUAGCUACAGUAUAUUAGUGUGACGAUGCUAUAGCAUUGCUGUUUUGUUUAGCUUGGAUUUUAACAGAUUGUGAGUUGUUGCUAACAACUCAUAAACUUGUUAGGUACCACUUGGAGGUAAAUUGAAAUUUGUUUUAAUGAUAUUUUUGAUUGGACAUUUUUUAGAUCAUUUUGUAAUUUCUGGACUUCCAUGGGUAUGAGUAGGAAUGCUGUACUUGUGUGUCAGUUGUCUGAUUAACAAACACUCUAAAGGCCUUUUCACACUUGCACUUGUUAGUUUGAUUCACUUAUAGAUAUAUAUCACUUAGACUGAGCAGGGAGGAUUUUGAAAGACCAUUUUCGUGCGUCUAGAAGUUCGGGAAAUCCUAAGAAAGCACAAUUAUUAAGGUUUUCUCCUUUGUCCUUAUGCCGUUACUUGUGAGUACUUGUGAGUCAGGAAAAAUAGCACAAAAUCACACCGCCUAGUCCUCUGCUAUUGGACCAGCCCUUUUACCACCACAUACUGUACAUAGUCAAUAGGUUUUUCAAAGACUUGCUGCACUGUGCAAAAAGAAGUGUGAAAAGGCCUUAAGACAAAACUAGCCACAAGACCAACCAGCUGUCACGGCAAGAGGCGUCCCGAUUUCUACUUAGACUGUCGUUUCAGUUGAUUUAGUUUUCUUCACCAUUCUGUUGCUGGUAAAAAUAUUUUGGGGAUCAAACGCUUGUGUUGGUUGUCAUUUCAUUUGUUUACUCCACUCGUUAACAAGCAGUUAGCUGUCCGACAAAAACGCGUUCAUUUGUAAAUUUUGUACUAAUGCUAGCCGGCUGCUAACAAACAUUUCCUUUCGCAUUGUCCCGCUGAGCGGUUAGAACUUUUCAUGAAUAUUUCUGAUAUUUUUGUGUUUUUUUAAUAUAGAAAAUUCUUUGGUAUUUUAGCAGCACUUGCUUUGUGUCAGGAUCAUAAAGGGAGUCAUGUUUAUUGUUUUUUUUUACAAUCAUGUAAUAUUGUAUAAUAUCUAUAGGCUAUAUAGAAACUUUAUAUAGAAAUAUUGUCGAUAAUACAGAACUAAGAAAAUAAAAAUCAGGCCUUUAAAUUGGAUGCAAAAAAAAACCCUCUCUUGCCUCUUUUUUUAAAAAAAAUAUUUCCUUCCCCGUUCUUCUGUACAGCUUAUUCUCAUGAGAGUCCCGGGGGUGCUGAAGCCUAUCCCGGCUAACUGUGGGCAGGUGGUGGGGUACACGCUGAACUGGUUGCUAGCCAAUUACAGAUAUGAGUGAAUAUCUAUAUAAACUUAUAUAUAAGUACAGGUGGUCCCCGAGUUCCGUUCCUAUGCUGGCAUCAUAACCUGAAUUUCUGCGUAAAUUGGAAUUAACCCUUUAAGUACCCCUAAAUCUCAAAAUAACUAUCCAAAACAUGUAUUAUGGGUCAUAUUAAUAAAGUAAAAAAAAAAAAAAGCGUAAAAAGACAGACGAGACAAUGUUACGCGAUUUAAAAAAAAACAAAAAACGACUGCAGACAAAAUGGAGGAUGAAAGCCAGCGUCGUGAAGUCAAAAUCACGUAAGUUGGGUAUGUCGUAACCCGGGGACUACCCGUAUAUAUGUGUAGAAGUUUUUUUUUUUUUUUUUUACAAGUCUUGUAAGCAUGUAUGAGUGUUCACCCAGAAGUACAUGUCUGUCACUAGCCACGUUUACAUGCUGACUUUUAUUCAUACCGAUUCAAAUCAUUCCGAAUGGAAAUUUCACAUCAACUGUUUACAUGUCACUUCAUCUAUUCCGAUCCAGCGUUUACAUGUGACUGCCUUUAUUCCGAAAGGACGUUUGACAACUGCCGUCUGACAUGCGCAGAUUAAUCAAAACAAAGCGUCACGUUGCAAAACAUGGAGAUCGAUCGUCAGAUCAGCUGCUGUUUGAACUUUUCGAGUGGAAACAAAACUUCAGAAUGACACGCCGUUCAUUUAAAAAGUUGUGUGGGUGCGCUGUGCGUGUGCUUGGAAGCCAUGUUGCAAGUGACGUUACUUACGUCACCAAGUGACGUCACCACGUCAGUACGGAGCAUGUGCAGAAAGAACGCAACCUGCCACCAUUCCGCUUCCCUGUUUACAUGAUAUAAUUUUACUUCUAAUCGGUUUGGGAAAAGGAAUAUUCCACCCCUGUGAAUCGGAAUGAAAUUCCAUUCGGUUUGGGCCUGUUCAUUCCGAAUGAGGUGUUUAUAUGGAACACAUUUAUUCGGUUUGAACAAAUAUUCCGAUUGUAAUUGGAAUAUUUGGCUCCAUGUAAACGUGGCAACUGUCAGCUAUCUGGGCUCAAAGAUCAGCUCACCUUGUCUUUUCAGUGACUUCCUGUUUUCCUGUUUGGAUAUUAAACUAACACACACGUACACGCUUCCUCUUUGAGCAGGGCCCAACCCUCUUGAGCUGUCAAUCAUGGGUGGCUUGGGGCAAGGAAUUCUCCGGUCCACAAAAAUUUUACAAAAAGGUGCAUGCAGACAAACAAUGGACUGGUUGCCAGUUAGUCACAUUCCAUAUUUUUUUAACUAUAAGGUGCACUUCAAAUCCUAUAUCCAUCCAAUUUCUCCCACUUAUCCGAGGUCUGGCAGGAAACCCCAGACACCCAGCCACUUCGCCCAAUUCUUUGAAGAAGGUUGCUAGGCGUUUUCAGACCAUCCGAGAGACAUAGUCUCUCCAGUGUUUUCUGGGUGGAGCAUGAGGCCUCGUCCCAGUGUGACUUGCACGGAACACCUCACUAGGAAGGCGUCCAGGAGUCAUCCUAAUCAGAUACCCAAACUACCUCAUCUGGCUGCUCUCAAUACGGAGGAGCAGCGGCUCUACUCCGAGCCCCUCCUGGAUGACUGAGCUUCUUACCCUAUCUUUAUAGAAGAGCUCAGACACUCUGCGGAGGAAAGUCGUUUCGGCCUUU